AUGCGUCGAGUCUUCCAUCCCACAAUCCAUCUCGGAGAUGCCAAGGGAUCGGGAGCCACAAGACCAUCUGGAGUUAAGCUGUUGCUGCUAAACCAGCCGAUCUAUCGGCCAGAUCUUCUCUUCCAACUUUGGGAGAACAGCCUAGCACGCGUCUGUGCUGAUGGAGCCGCCAAUCGAUUGUUUGAUGCCUUCGCUCCGGACCAGUCGGAGACGCGGAGGACAUAUUUACCGGACGAGAUUGUGGGCGACUUAGACUCCAUUCGGGAUGACGUCAAGUCUUACUACGCACGGGAGCAGGUUCAGGUCACUUUCGUUGACGACCAAGAAAGCACGGAUUUUGGCAAGGCUAUGCGAUCAUUGAAAUCUAGCACUUAUCAAGCUACUACAGAUAUCAUGGUUUUUGGUGGUAUCGGUGGACGGAUCGACCAAGGGAUCGGCCUGCUACACGAGAUCCUUCGUGAGCACCAUCACGACCCUCAGACGCGGCUGUGGUUGAUCUCGGAGUCGAGCAUCUCAUUCUUGCUUCUGCCAGGAGAGAACAUUAUCGAGACCAAAUUCUCACAGGGCUACUUCACUCACCAGGCGGGGGUCUUGCCUAUCUACGGUCCCGCAACCAUCACCACCCAAGGGUUCGAAUGGGAUGUGAACAACUGGUUUACGUCCAUGGGCGGACGGGUAAGUACAAGCAACCAUAUUGUCCAAGACACCGUGUGUGUCACAACAGACAAGAUGGUUUUGUUCACGGUCGAGAUAGCCCACGACCUCCCAAAAAUGGGCUGA